CCAGGGGUGUCAAUCCAACAAUUGUUCCAAUUGCGCGUCUGGCACGCUUCACCACCCUUCGUUCCUUGCUUUCUGGCGAACUGACAGCUCGCUUCGAGCAGCUGCCGCACUCGUUGAACCUGUGCUGCAGCCGAUCAAUGAACAGUGGCUCAGACUGCUCCGCAGCCGCCACAAACGUCAAAAGGCAUUCUUCGUGGCUGCAUGCAGGUCUGCAACCGCGUGGCAGGAGCACGUCUUGAUAAUCUUCUUACCUACAAGCUAGACAGUCUUUCUCCACUUCCGCACCUGCAAACUUCUACCCUACGCCCUACGCUAUACAGUGUCCAUCUUGUGCGAAGGUUCUUGGAUGCAUCGUUCAUCUGGGUGAGCGUGCAACCGCUUCAGGAUGUCUAAUCUCUUCAACACCAGUGCAGGCGCUGGCACCGCCCAGGACAAGCAAGGGCAGACAGUAGGCACGUUCCUUGCUUCGUUGGCUGGUUCGGCUGCUGCUUUUGCUGCCCAGAUCUUGGUCUUUUACGUGCUGAAGAACAGGUUCACAAGAAUUUAUCGACCAAAGACAUAUCUUGUACCCGAGAAGGAUCGCACCAAACCUCCUCCCGCUGGAGCCUUUCGAUGGCUAAUACCAGUCUUCACUACCUCGAACUCCGAACUCAUUGCAAAAUGCGGACUAGAUGCAUACUUCUUCCUGCGCUACCUUCGCAUGCUUCUCAAGAUAUUUGUGCCUUCAGCGGUUCUGAUCCUCGCCAUACUACUGCCCAUCAACAGCCAGGCCAGUAAUCCCGGCGUUUCAGGUCUUGACAAACUCGGAUGGACGAAUUACGACCGAAGCCGUACCGACAGAUUUUGGGCGCACUUGCUGUUGGCUGUCAGCUUCUUACUUUGGAUCGGUUAUGUUAUUUAUGGAGAGUUGAGGAGUUACAUUAGGGUCCGACAAGCGUAUCUAACAUCACCGCAACACAGACUGCGAGCAUCGGCCACCACAGUCUUGCUUCGAAGUGUGCCGAGAAAAUGGCUCACUGUCGAAGCUCUAGACGGUCUUUUUGACGUAUUUCCGGGUGGUGUAAGAAACAUCUGGAUCAACAGAGACUUCCAAGAGCUCAGCGACAAAGUCAAAUUACGGGAUAGUCUCGCCGAGAAGCUAGAGGCAGCGGAGACAGCGCUCAUUCGAAAUGCAAAGAAGAAGCAGAUGGAAAUGCAGAAGAAAGAGGAAAAGCUGCACGGCAAGAAACAAAAGAUGUCGAGAGCUGAGAGGAAAAGGAAAAAUGCCGAAGACGAUGCUGCAGCUCUCGAAAUGGCCGACCAGGAGGGUAUCAGUUCCGGUGACCCUCAUCAAGCACACACUGUAGACGAAACUCUAGGCGAAGCGUUUCGAGAUGGUGGUCCUCAAAAUCAUGACAACCAUGGCCUUCCUGUUCCUGUGCUCGGACAAGGUCUCCAUGCUGUGAAGGGCGGGCUUGGUUUGGUUACAGGACUUGGAAAGAAGAUCGUUACUGACGUUCGAAGCGUGCCGCGCAGACUGGACGAUACUGUAGAACAAGUAUAUGAGGGAGCGGGUUUCUCUUUCGAUGGUCAGACAGAAUCUCCAGCCGGCUUAGCAGAACAAGAUCAUGGCCGCAUGUUUCAUCCAGAAUCUGCAACCGCCACAAGUACCUUUCCUGACGUGCAGUCGCCGGCGCAAUCACCUCGGACUAUGACGACUGGAAGAUCUAGUGCAGAGCAGCCCCUGACGUCUACCGUGGUACAAAGAGACUAUGCUUUGCGAGGACAGCUAGCACCUGCGACACCAAACUCCCACGUGGAGCCUAUGAGAGGAUUAAAAAGUGAAGACAGUGCUCGCACUGCCGUAGAUGCUUUGAAUGACGGUACCCGACUAACUGCUACUGCAUCUAGCUCCAAGAAGGUUCCGCCUAGCAAGCUCGAGUUUAAUAGUAUGGGAUUUCUCGAGCCAAAGAAGAAGGGCUGGAGGUACUGGAUAGGCAGCCACGAUAUUGCGCUUCCUAGUCCGGAUCCCCACACAGGCAAUGAAAGAGAGCUAGGUAUAGAAGCGAGGUCUUUCCCAAGUUUGCAUGGGAAUAUCGGCACGGAGCCUUCAUUGACAGCCAAGAUCAUUGCUUUUCUUACGGGAAAGAAGGCGAAAGAAAAUAACGACAGGGCUAGCAUCCGCGAUCAGUAUCCCGACCCAUACAACAAGGCGUUCAUGGACGACGGUGGCAUGGAUCGUGAACCAGAGUGGAAGAAAUAUCUGAAACCUGGAGAUCGCGAUACGAUGCGUCUUCCAUUGUUUGGACUGUCUUUCAUGCCUUUCAUGCCCUCAUGGACUUUAAUUGGCGAGAAAGUAGACACCAUCUAUUACUGUCGCAAGGAAAUCGCCCGUCUCAACGUCGAGAUCGAAACUGACCAGAAGGAACCUGAGAAGUUUCCGCUGAUGAACUCUGCAUUCAUUCAAUUCAACAAUCAAGUUGCGGCUCACAUGGCUUGCCAGAGCGUUGCUCACCACUUUCCCGCCACCAUGGCCCCACGAAUUGUCGAGAUUGCGCCUGGAGAUGUGAUUUGGGAUAACAUGAAUAUUGGCUACAAGCAACGAAUGAUCCGCAUGGCUAUUGUUAUUGUCAUCAUCAGUGCGAUGAUCAUUCUCUGGGCCGUUCCCGUUUCAUUUGCCUCGGCAUUCUCAAACCUACGCAACGUGCAAGAAACGUGGAAGGCUUUCCACUUUAUCGCAAGCUUCCCCAACUGGCUCGUCAGCAUCUUACAGGGUAUUGUGCCCCCUGUGCUUGUCAUUGUUCUUCUCGCUCUCCUCCCAAUAAUACUCCGUCUCCUCACCAACUUCCAAGGUGUUCCCACCGGAAUGAGCGUUGAGCUUGACGUGCAAGGCUAUUACUUUGCCUUCCUCUUCGUACAACUAUUUCUGGUCAUAACGGUCGCAAGCUCGAUAAUCAACGUUGCACAGGAGAUAUCGCAGAAUCCUAGUCAAAUUGCAUACAUUCUCGCUACGAAUAUUCCCCGAGCGGCAAAUUACUUCUUCUCGUACCUAAUUCUUCAAGCUCUGUCUGUAUCUGCCGGUGCCCUCGCACAAAUCUCACAGAUCGCGAUCUGGUUUCUGCUACGUCCAAUCUUGGACAAUACAGCGCGACAAAAGUUCAAUCGCCAGAUCAAUCUCCAGAGUGUCCAAUGGGGCACUUUUUUCCCAGUUUACACCAACUUGGCUUGUAUUGGUCUAAUAUACUCAAUCAUCUCGCCUUUGGUCAUGAUUUUCAACAUCAUCACAUUUGGCUUAUUCUGGGUCACUUAUCGGUAUCAAACACUCUAUGUGAACAAGUUCCGAUUUGACACUGGUGGUCUGUUAUUUCCUAAGGCUGUCAACCAACUUUUCACGGGAAUCUACGUCAUGGAACUCGCGCUUAUUGGCCUGUUCCUACUUGUGCAGGAUGAGCAAGGGAGCAAGGGCACUGUGUGUCUGCCGCAAGCUAUAGUUAUGGUGGUCAUGCUGGUGUUCACGAUCAUUUUCCACAUCCUGCUCAACGUGAAUUUCUCGCCACUAUUUAGAUACAUUCCCAUCACUCUUGAAGAUGAUGCAGUGGCACGCGACGAAGAGUUUGCGUUAAUGCAAGCUAGGAAAUGGGCACAGGAAGAUGGUCAAGAAUUCAGUAAUAACGAAAGCGAUCCUAAGGAAAAGCUCGGAGAGACCAAGCUUGGUGAAGAUAUUGAAAGUAGACUAGAGCAUCAAGAAGAACUUGAAGAGGACGAGGAGAAAGGCCUGGAGACUAUUGAGAUGGAUGAGAUAAAUAGGCGUCGCUCUGGCCAUGUCGCAUCCCUUGGCAAUAAAGUGUCUCGAAUGGGUACACAUCUUAAGCCAUCUUCUAAGAUUGGAAGCUGGGCAGAUCGAUCAAGAUAUCGGAGGAGCUCUCAUAUCGACCAUGGCAGCCCCAAUCCUAAUACUAUCGAGGAGAUUGAGCGGCACCACAAGCAUCGUCACGCCUCGAACGACCGCCGACACUCGAAGCUGCCGCUUGAGUUCUCCACAACAUCAGAUCAAGCAGAAUGUGGCGGUCAAACCGGGCUUUCGUCGUCUGCCGCAGGUCAAAAAGUAGAUCGCACUAUUGCAGUCGGGGAUGCAUUGUUUGGGAAUAUCUCCGACGAGAUUGAGGACCUGACAGCGGAAGAAAGAGAUCGACUCGUCCAGCGUGCAUUCCAGCAUAGCGCUCUUCGUGCAAGAAGGCCUGUUAUCUGGCUGCCUAGAGAUGAUUUGGGUGUUUCGGACGAUGAAAUCCUGAGAACGAAGGCGUUCGCAGGCGAAAACAUCUGGAUCAGCAAUGAGGGAACGGGCUUGGACCGCAAAGCCAGAGUUCUCUUCCGCCGAGCACCUCCUGACUUCAAUGAGGUAGACCUGAUUGAGCUGUAAGAUCAGAUGUCACGAUACGAUGAUUGGUUGCAUUUCAUGAUAGCGUUCCCUCGUAUUUUCAUUACAAUAGAUAUACCCUUAUGGAAAUCUCUCGGAGAGUCAGGAUGAAACUUUUAGCUCUUUAAGCUGUAUAUUUAACUCAAACGUGCAAUGUCAUUGAUACAAAUAUGGUGCUACCAUCGGGCUUUUAUGAAAGCUGGAGUAGUAUUGGUGUAUCGUUUUGAAACUGCAAGGGAG